UUUAAAUCCUCGAUAUUUAGACUGCGAGAGAGAAAGAGAGGGUGAGUUCAGAGAGAGCUUCGACGAAGAGCGGCCAUGGAGGACCAACGCAAGACUUCUACGAUCGCCCCUGAUGCCCAAGCUCAGACCCAAGAGAGCAAUCCAUUGAACCCAGUGAGCAAUGGAGGUGAGAGUGUUAAAGAAGAGGUGGCCCAUGAAUCUUCUGGAAGGCCACCAUUUGCUAUCCCGCAACCGAUGAGGGAGGAGCAAGUGCAAAAUGCUGUCAAUUUUUUAUCUCAUCCCAAAGUAAAGGGCUCCCCGGUGAUUUUCAGGCGUGCUUUCCUUGAAAAGAAAGGCCUUUCAAAAGAGGAAAUUGAUGAGGCCUUCCGCCGUGUUCCCGAUUCAGCACCUUCAAAUGCCGCAGGUACAGGGACUACCACCACAAACCAAGCUAAUCAAGCAAGCCAGCCCAAUCCAUCUACAGCCUUGCAGCCUCAAGCUCCCAUUCAGACCUUGCAGCCUGUUGCUGGUGGUUCUUCUCUGGGUGCUAGUUUGCAGCAACCCCGGCUUCAGUGGAAGCAUGCUUUGUUUGCAAUAGGUGUUCUUACUGCUUCUGGAGCAGCAACUGGUGUUCUUUUUAAGAAAAUGGUUGUUCCUAGGCUGCAGUCUUGGGUUCAGAAGGUUGUUGAAAAAGAUAGAGAAUCCAAAAAGGAAGUAGAAUUGAAGAGCAGCCUUGCUGAAGAAGCUGCAGAAGCUGCAAAAGCAGCCGCUUCUGCAGCUGCUAUUGUGGCUAAGGCUAGUCAAGAAUUAGUAAAUGCAAAAAAUGAAGAGAGUAAGCGUCUUGAACUUUUUAUGGAGAUGAUGGAUAUGCAAAUGAAGGAGAUGAAAUCCAUGUCCAAAACUAUUCGAGAAUUGGAAAUGAGAACAGAGAAUGGCCGAUAUGAGGAUAAAUCAAUAGGAGUGCAUACAACGAGCAAUGGGACAACCAAUAACUCCUGGAGAAAUUCCCAAGUUGACCAUUCAGAACCAACUUACUCCUCUGUCUUUCCAAAGCAAGUGAAAGUUAAUGGUACAUCAGAUUCAGAUUUCGGGACAGUGAGGCCUUCAUCAGCGCCGGCAUCUGUGGAACCAUUAGCUCAACCACCUCAUCCUAAGUCGUAUAUGGAGAUAAUGGCCAUGAUACAACGAGGUGAGAAGCCUCCUGGGAUAAAGGAGAUCAAUGACAUGCCUCCAAAUCCUAAUCAGCCACCCUCAAAACCUGUCUUAGCACCUAGACCCAAGCCAUGGGAAAUCCCUCAGCAGAGUCAACCAGCUCCGAACUAUGGAUAUCCCUACCAAACUAAAAGUGACCCUCAGCCAAUUCAACAAACUGUCAGCCAAACUAGCAGUGAUGAUGGCUCAGUUUCUGAAUUACAAGAUAAUGGCCAACCUUCUCAGCCCAAUGACAAAGCCCACUUAGUUUCAGAACCCUGGUGGGGAAAGAAAACAGUGAAGUUAACUGAACUUGAUGAAACAGAUGAAAUGAGGGCAUCCAGCGCCCGGCCAAACCAACGAGCAUGGGUUCCUCCACAACCACCGGCAGUUGUGAUGUCUGAAGCAGCCACGGCCAUAAGACAACCGAAAGCAUCAGUUCAGAAACGGCUCUCGAGCGAUGAUGAUAUUUCAGUGGCAUCAAACUUGGAGGAUACAGAGAAUGAAGCUGCGAGAACAACCGUAUCUGUUGCCGAAGUCAAGUACCCUUCUAAUACAACCAUGGAUUUGAAUCACUCUGAAAUACAAGAAGAAAGGAUGGACACAGUUGAAGUGAAUAACUAGAUUAGUAAGUUUCUGCAAUUAAUAAUUUGAUAACUUCACUUUGUUUGAUGAGGAGGUUUAUAAGAAAUAGUUAUUACUAUCAUGGACUAUUAUACAGUUCAUAUGAAUAUGCUUUACAAUAACUUUCCUAAUAAUUUCAGCAAAUUUGAAUAUUUUCAAUGUAUAUUUAAAUGAGGUUUGUGAUUCA